CUGGCGAUUGCAAGUAACCAUACUACGAUUUUUGGCAUCUCUGCAUGAGUAGAAAGAUUUUUUUUAUCAAUUUGCAGAGAGCAAGUGAAGUGUAAUUUUUUCCACAGUUAGAAAACAAAACAAAUUUCCUGCUGAAAAAUGAUACGCUUCAUUUUAAUACAAAACCGUGCAGGCAAGACCCGUUUGGCCAAAUGGUAUAUGAACUUUGAUGACGAUGAAAAACAAAAACUAAUCGAAGAGGUGCAUGCAGUGGUUACAGUGAGGGAUGCCAAACACACGAACUUUGUAGAGUUCCGUAACUUUAAAAUUGUUUAUCGUCGUUAUGCGGGUCUCUACUUUUGCAUAUGUGUGGAUGUUAAUGAUAAUAAUCUUUGCUACUUGGAGGCCAUACACAACUUCGUAGAAGUUCUUAAUGAGUAUUUCCACAAUGUGUGUGAAUUAGAUUUGGUGUUCAACUUCUACAAAGUAUACACCGUGGUCGAUGAAAUGUUCCUCGCCGGCGAGAUACGUGAAACAUCACAAACCAAAGUCUUAAAACAACUAUUAACUCUAAAUUCACUGGAGUAAAAAGGAUUUUAUAUGUUGCGUACAGUAGUGGUCCAUCAUUCCAUUGUGUGUAUGUGUAUAUGUGCGUGUCAUUAUAUACCCUUUCCACUGUUUCUUUAAAUUAUAUAUAUAUACUCUUAAAAUAGGCCUCAAUAUCGAAUCUUGAUUUAAUUUGCUCGUACUGUAAAUCUCCUGAAAGCAAUUAUUUUUACCAAAUCCGUAUUACAACUCUGCCGUAAUCAUGUGCAUAAAAAUAACGAAUGAACUAAUGAAGCGAUAAUGGAUUCCCAAAAAAAUCGUUCAAAUAUUUAAAUAUUAAUAUUGUUAACUUAAUCAAAUAUAUGUAUUAUAUAUAAAAUUAUAAUCCAGUAAAAUGAAAAAUUAUUUAAAUAAAUUUUAGGAAAUUAUGUUUGAGUUGA